CUCCGGGCUGAAAUCUGAAACUGUAGAAGUUGAAAGUCUUAGGUGAGGAGCACGGACGCGUCUCUCUCUCUCUCUCUCUCUUCGAGUCGCCUUUUCGCUUCUGGACUCAAUUUCACUCCUGCUCUGUCCCCGUGGUUCCAAAGGGAGUCUUUUCAGUGUGACCACUUCUAUGACGGCUCUGCCAGAGAUGAUGCUCCUUAUGGCCACGUCUGGGUUGACGUGGUGGAGCAGCUGUCUGGCCACACCCCUCCCGUUCAACUUGUCACUGGAGGGCAGUGCAGAGGUGGAGGAGCUGGUCCCCACCUUUUCCAUACCUGGAACAAAUGGCCCCGGCACCGAGUUCCCACCCACCCUGGAUGGCUCCGCCUUCCUCAGUCACAUGGUCCAGUUCCUGCAGGAGAACCUUCUCCUCAUCCUCGUCAGCUCCUCCCUCCUUGCCAUCGUCGUCCUCGUCGUCUGCUGCGCGGCCGUGAUGAGCCGCAGGAGGAAGGGCAACGCCUACUACCCUUCCUCCUUCCCUCCCAAGAUGUACGUGGACCAGAAGGACAAGGCCGGGGGUACCAGGCCCUUCAACGAAGUGCCCGAGAAGCCCUCCGACACGCCGCCCGGUGAGCCGGUGGAUUCCGGCAAGCAGCUCCAGGCUGACAUCAUGAAGGCCGUGAAGAACCUCCGCACACCCACGAAGACUCCUCUCAACCAGGCGGCGGUUGGCAGGAGUCUGGAGGUCAGUCUUCCUCCUCGGGCAGAGGAGGAAAGCAUCCCAGACAGCGAGGAGUCAGAGCCGUGUGACCCAGAGGAUCCAGAGGAGCCGUCGGAGGGCGAGGGCCAACUGAGCAGCAGCCCAGAGCCGGCUGUGAUGCCGGCUCUGAUCCCGGCUGUGACGCCGGCUGCGAUGCCGGCUGCGAUGCCGGCUGCGACGCCGGCUGAGCAGCCAGACCUCCAGGAACACCACGACUCAGCGAAGCCUCCUUCUGGAAGGCCAAAUUCACCAGCCAGGCAGGAGGAGAGGCCUUCCUCUCCAGACACAGAGAAUGACUCAUCAGCAAGCGUCCAGAUGAUCACUGGAGAAAAAACUGCCUUUUAGUAGGACUGAGCAUGAAAGAUCUUUUGCGGUUUGCUACCUUUUGAACCCAUUAAGUGACAAUCUUCAGCAUUCAGCUUCGUGAACUGCAACACUUUUCCUAAAGAGCUAGUUUAUUUUGAAGCACAAAUACUCUGCAGAAAUCUGUCAGGAGAGGGCGAUUAGAACGAAAUAGGAUGUUUUAUCAUUCCCUGAUGAACACAUUUUAAGAUUUGUUUGUAUAAAAGCAUUUACUUUCAAAUGGACAAAAGUAAUACUGGCUGUGUGGAGAUGGCUAACAAAAGGUUUUGCUCAGAAGAUUUUGCCACUAAAUGCUGUUUAAUGAAGCUCAACAUCACAAUUGCUUGUAUUUUAAAUACAAUUAUACCUCACCGGUUUAAAGUAUAUUUUUGUAUUUCAUGUUCAGUGGCUGCCAAGUGCGUUUGGUGGAUAUAGGGCUGCACCUAAAUAAAUGAAAAAUGCACACACAAA